CAAGCGGCUCCCAAGAGCUUCCCAAGAGGCCCCCAAACUACCCUCCGUAGCCAUUUUAGCUCAAGCCGUGUUGUGGGCUCGAGGAACGAUCGGCUCAUUGGGUCGAUUAGCAUUGCGUUCUGGUUGGCCCCCCGGCGUCUUCUGCGUAUUCUCGACCUGUUCCCCGCCACGAUUCAGUACGAGCCCACGCUGUCGUGCGGCCUUCUGCUGGGCUUGAAGAGCAGCGUCGGUCCUUUGGCAUGUCUGUUCGCGCUGCCCUCGGCCAUCUUCGCGGUGGUGUUGAAAACGUGGCUCGAUUCUACGGACCCAGGCGCCACGAAAAGCCUAAGUUUCUCUGCCAAGCCGUACACCAGCUUCACUGCCAUGCUUGCAUUGUUGAUCAUCUUUCGCACCCAACAGGCAUACUCGCGAUUCUGCACAGGAGGGGCACUUGUGCGAUCGAUGACUUGCUUGUGGUGAGACGCUGCUGGCAGCUUCGUCACCUUCACACGUACAUCCAAUAAUGAUAGGAAUGAGGUCGGCAGAUUUCGAGAGUUGGUGGUGCGACUGUUCAGUCUCAUGAACGCCCUCGCUUUGGCGAAGUUGUCGGACACCGACGGCGAUGAUGGGACGGCCUUUUUUUCUGAAGCUGAAGGUAAUCGACCCUGGGUCGCUGGAGCCGUCAGUGAUCCGUAUUGUGAACGACACGGAGCUGAAAGUCGAGGCAGUGUACAACAUGCUCAUGGCAUUGCUUGCGGAGGCGAAUCAGGCCGGUCUCAUGAGAGUUUCACCGCCAGUCUUCGCGCGAUCUGUAUACGAAAUGCAUGCUGCUUGCAUGAAGUAUGAAGUUAUUCCCAUUCCCGUACGCGCAGGUCACUGUGUGCAUGACGUUUUUCCGCAUGAUGGCAACACCGUUCAUGGCAGCGAACGUUUGUAUCGGGAGCAUGCAGGCGUUCUGCAUCUGCUUCCUGCUACCGUUCGUGUUCUGGGCCUUGCAUGAAGUAUCCGUUGAGCUUGAGAAUCCAUUUGGCUCUGAUGCAAAUGACCUGGACAUGCAGGGAUAUCAGGACUUCUGUAACAAGCGGCUGCUACUGCUUCUACAUCAAACAAAUAAGAAAGUUCCCGAUCUCAGGACGGAUGUCGCGCUGUCAGAGAUCUCAAUCAAAGCAGUUCGUGGGGAGACGUUGCCUUUGCUUGAUGCCGGUGUGACUUAUUUAGCGCACAGCAGAGCGUGUCUUCUGAGAUCCGAUGUCCACGAGGUCUCUGAUGACAGCUCCAGCGAUUUAGACGAUGUGCGGCAUGCACGUGCUGCUGGCUUCCACUAAAAGCACCAAUGAGUGGACUAGCCCAGGCCCUCCGAAUGUGGAGGAGGCCGUGAGGUGUGAACCUCCUUUUUGGUCCCCGCCGUUCUAAGACCUCAUCUGCCAUGAGGACUCACCUCCCUCUUCCUCCCUCCUCCGCGUUCGCCGCUGGCAUUUCAGAGCGGGGGCCGUGCGCUGAUCAGAGCGGCAUCGGUCGUGCAGGCCUGACUGCCAGUUCAUGGCACCCGCCAGGCGGGAAUCGCUGUCUUCUAUGUGUGGAACGUCGUGUUGCCUUCCUAGUAGAUGGUGCAGUUUGAGUCAUGAUCUUGCUUGGAAUCGGGGUUCCCCUGUCGAAUGGCCCACGAGCAAGCGACCCUCUCGCAUGCCACUUCUCUCUCUCUCUCUCUGUGUUUCUCUGUCGUUCGUUUUCUUUGAUUCUCUCUCUCUCUCUCUAUCUAUCUCUCUCUUUGUCUCCUUUCGCCUCCUGCAUUUUCCUGUUACGCUCUUAUCUGGGACAUGCACUUGUAUACAAGUGUGCGAGUGCCGUUGACAAGAUUCAGUAGGCGUACGCGCGCGCGGUUUAGUGUCUCACCCAUCUCUCUUCGUCCCUCCCUCCAUCCAUUCGCCUUUUCGCCUUCUUACUUGGUUCAGUUUUCGAUAUGUUUCGCCGUCUGGGCCUCAGGGUGAUAUUGGGAUGCAGCGCGGUAGACUUCAGUCUCAGGCAAUACUGUCUAAAAUUUCGGCUCAUUGUACUCAUUGUAGCUCGGCUUGCUUGGCUUCCUCGCCUGCCUGGCGACCCUUCUUGUCGCAUGGUGGUUGUCUCGGAAGCAAUUCGGAAGAUGACUUUGCUAAAUGCAGCUCGGCUUGCGAGGCUUCCCGGCCUGUCUGGCGACUCUUGGGUUCGCAUUGCGGUAAAAGAAAGAGGCCCCCAAACUACCCCCAAGAGGCCAAGAGGCCCCCGAGAGCGCUCGUCGUCGUCGUCGUCAUUCAGGGUCGGCGGCACCGGCCGUACGGAC